CCUCUACUCCUCCAUUUUCUUUCAUGUAACUUCUGCUUCUACUUCUGCUUCUACUUCUCUACCUCUACCUCUACCUGCAAUAAACGGUAAGUAAUGAGCGAUAAGCAGCAAGGUAAUAUAAUAGCGCUUGAAGCCAGGUAAAGCCUAUCAACAUCACGCAAUGCUACCAUGUCAUAAAUUAGUUGCAUGAGCUGUGCUAUUCUCUUUCGUUUUUCCUUUCCUCUUCUCGUCGUUCUUCCUGUUCCUAGACCUAGACCCAUGUAGAUAGAUGGGAUUGAUCAUAACUCCCCCCUCCCCGGCCUUGUUGUACCACACCUUUCUUCAAUGCCUGUCCCUAUAUAUCCAAGUAGCCUAAUCGAACCAGACUAUACGAUGAGUAGUCCCGCUACUUAUAAGUAUAAAUUCCUUCCGUCCCCCUUCCUCCUGCCUCCUCACCUAAAUAUAUAUCAUCUAUUCUAUCACCUCUUCUUUCACCUUUAGCUGUUUCUGAACUAGCCGAUCUCUCUCUUGUCUCUUGGGAGGUUGGUCUUGCUAGUUUGUUAAUCUUUCUCUUAGUCCAACUUAACUGCUCUUUUUCUGUUCGAGUUGACGAGAAAAAGUAAGUCCAAGCAAGCGACUAUCUACCCUUUACCUCGUGUUAUUUUCUUCUAUAUCUCCUUGUCAUAAAAUCGAAGGAUCAUGUCCGAUGCCUCCUCAACCCCGCCUUCAGAGUCAGGGCGUCUGAGCCAAGACGCUGGGGAUCGUACCGUAAUGGCGGUUGUGCCUGGCACCACGCAAAUCCCUAAGAAAAAUAACAAGCAGACUCCUCAGGAAGCAAUUGACCAAUUCUGGAACAAAUUUACCACUAAAGCCCCGGGAAAAGCAACCACCGUUAUCCCGCAUAACGAGUAUGCAGAGAAAGCGGCGAAGCGGUCCGCCAAAGCUGUAGGCACAAAUACUCAGACGUCGUAUGAAGAAGCCGCUGCCCUCUGCCGGGCCAAGGUCGCCAAAAUCGUCAAGGAGUGCCGCCGUGUAAAUCAGAAAUAUCGAGACCCGCAUUUUGAUCUAGAGAUAGACUUGAAAUGGGGCAGCCGAGAUACCCUCGAGUCACUCUGUAAUACCAAGGAGAAACCCGAUUCGUCCUUUAAGCCCAAAAGUGUCAAGCGUGUGGUUGACAUUUUCGAUGAUCCUAAGUUUUACAUCGAAGGUCCCACCGCCAACGACGUCAGACAGGGCCGCGACGGAGACUGUUGGCUGCUCGCCGCUCUAUGCACCCUAAGCAACAAGCCUAGUCUGAUUGAGAAGGUAUGUGUAGCCCGCGAUGAGCAGGUUGGCGUCUAUGGCUUUGUCUUCCACCGCGACGGCGAAUGGAUUUCGGAAAUCAUCGACGACAAGCUCUUCUUGACCAAGCCCGACUUUGACGAGAGCUUUCUGGAGCGGAUACUCUGGGAAGACCGCGAAAGGAUUAAUUCCGAGGAGCAAUAUAGAAAGGCGUAUCAGAGCGGUUCUGGCGCCCUUUAUUUUGCGCAGUGCGAACACGAAAACGAGACGUGGCUACCAUUGCUCGAGAAAGCAUAUGCUAAAGCACAUGGUGAUUACGCCUCGAUCGAUGGCGGGUUUACUGGGGAAGGGAUCGAAGAUCUCACUGGCGGAGUAACAUCUGAGCUCUAUACCACGGAUAUCCUUGACAAGGAGUACUUUUGGAAAGAAGAGCUAAUGAAGGUGAAUGCCGAAUUUCUCUUCGGAUGCUCUACCGGUAUGUGGGGUUCUUAUUGGGGCGACCGCAAGGGUAUCUAUGAGCUCCAUGCCUACUCGAUAAUGAAAGCCGUGGAUAUUGACGGUCAGCGGCUUGUCUUACUCAAGAAUCCCUGGGGAAGAGGGGAAUGGACCGGUCCUUGGAGUGACGGGUCGAAAGAGUGGACAGCCGAAUGGCUGGUCAAGCUCAAUCAUCGCUUCGGCGACGAUGGAAAUUUCUGGAUUUCGUACGAUGACCUGCUUCGAAAGUACCAAGCUUUUGAUAGAACGCGACUUUUCGGACCCGAGUGGAAAGUUACCUCUCUCUGGACCACUCUCUCGGUUCCCUGGACGUUAGACUACCAUGACACGUAUUUCGCGUUUUCUCUCGCAAAGACUGGACCUGUUGUCAUCGUGCUUUCUCAGUUGGAUGAGCGUUACUACCUAGGACUUGAAGGCCAAUACCGAUUUGAACUAAAUUUUCGCCUACAUAAGACGGGCCAAGAAGACUACGUGGUUCGCAGUAUCAGCUCGAUUCGGCUGAACCGUUCGGUAAAUGUUGAACUAGAGCUAGAAGAGGGCGAAUACACCGUCUUAUUGAAAAUCGAUGCUACUCGUAAUAUGUACAAGCUACCGAUAGAGGACGUGGUACGCAACCAUGCGAGGGACCGCAGAGACAAGCUAGUUGCUGUCGGUAUGUCAUACGACCUGGCUCACAGUAAGGGGAAGGUCGUCGAGUCUCCUGAAGAAAAGAAGGCUCGAAAGGAAGCUGAGCAACGCAAGAAGGAUAAAGAGCGCGAGGAGCUGAGGAAGGAGCUAAUGGAAACUCGACGGCGUGAUCAUUAUUACCGCGUCAAAGACCAUAAGAAGGACCAGAAGAGGAAAGCCAAGGCUAAGGCUAAAGCGCAGGCUAAGGCCAAAAAAGCCAAGAAGUUAAAGGCUAAGGAGGCUAAAAAACAAGAGCAGGCUAGUUCCAAAGAGCAGUCUUCUGAAUCCGGGGAUAAACAUGUUCAAGUGUUGUCACCAAGCCCAACUCCCGCCCCGGAAGACUCUAAGGAAGACCUAGGUUCUGAGUCAAAGACGGAUUCCAAGGUGGAGACGCCCUCUACGGAGGCCGAGAAGCCCUCAGCAGACCUACCGCUGACCGCUGAAGAACAGUCGGCUAAAACCCUCGAAGCAUCCCAGGAUUUCAAACCGGAUGAGAUAUCUACAUCUGAAAGUAAAACUGAACAUGCUACGGAAGGAUUACCGGAUUCCAAGAUUGCUCCGUCAAGCGCUGUAAAAGAUGCGGGGGGCGAGACGAUCUCCUCGGACUCGACUAAGCAGCCAGAAGUAAAUACCAGGAACGAACCAGAAGAGACGCAAUCGAAGGAGACGGAAGACGAGGAAGACUCCUCUUCUGAUGAAAGUGAUGUGUCGUCCCUUUCCGAAAUUAGCGAGCGAGAGCUGGAUUUCAUCCUUAAACAGCGGGCCUCUGACCCUCCAGCUCCUCCUCCAGCUCCUAUAGAGUCACUAGAAGAAGAGGACGAGUUCGAGAAAGACCCGUGGAAUGCGGUCGCCACGGUCGGCCUGCGUAUCUACUACAAAGUUUCGGACGAGGAUAGGGAUAAGGAUAUUGUGAAGCUACGUGUAGUCCGUCCGAACCCCUAUGCUAAGGACAAAAAGGCAGAAGACGAAGAUGAAGAUGAGAAAGAGAAAGAGAAAGAGCCUAAGACAUCAAAGAGCUUAGAUAUCGACGAUAGCUCUAAAGAUGCCACACUUGAAGGUAGCGAGGAGCAGAGGAAAAAGAGUAUCAUGUCUCUUUCUCCCCAGGCCUAAGGAGGAGCCCGAAUAACGAGUUAUGAGGUAUUGAUUAUUCCGAGCGUGGUUGGAUAAAAAGGAUUGGACUUUGUAUAGAGAUUGAGAAUAAUGGUUAACUAGAAUGCCUACCCUAUUCAUCCACUUACACAAUAUACUCUUCUCACAUCCUAUGGAGUUUCUUAUGCUUAU